GCGUGGCCAGGUGAGCGCGCUCCUCGUGCCGGGGGGUGGACCCCGCCCCCUUUCCCCCCGCCCCUCCCCUCCUGGAGCAAAAGGCGGAGGAGGAGCAGCGACCGCCUCACAAUCAUCCCGCAGCGCGCAUCUUCACGUCGGCAGCAGACCUCCAGCACCUGCCGGCAUUUUUUUCCCCACCCAGAGAGCGCCAAAGCAACGUGAGGACGAGUAGCGAGGCGAAAGAGGAUAAUUGCGUUUCUGGCUGCCCCGUGGGAACAUGGGAUAUAUGACCUCAUCAUCCACCUGCGAGGCUCUCCACUGAACAACUCCACAUAGACGUACGAUGGACGCAGCGGUCGAGGUCGACGACGCCCGCCACGUGCCGUCGUGUGAUGUCAUCAGCCGCUCCACACCUCCUCCUUUUGUGCGCCCCCUCUGCAGCACUCCCAAACAAGACGAUGGCAGCAAUCCGGAGCUGCAGACACUUUGCAACCCGCCAAAGAAAAAAGCCAAGGCCAGGGGCAAGCUCGUGCGCAGUAUGGCCGUGUGCGAGGAGUCGAAGGAAGAGCAGCAGACCACUCGCAUCACCUCGCCCACCUGCAACCAGGACCACUCCGCUCCCUCCAAGGAAGAGGAGCAGCAGGAAAAACUCUCCAAAGACUGCAGCGUGGAGUACACCGACUCGACGGGCAUCGACCUGCAGCUGUUCAUCAGGGACACGCUGAACCGGAACCCCAGGGACCGCAUGAUGCUGCUCAAGCUGGAGCAGGACAUGAUCGACUUCAUCACCGGCGAGAGCCCCUUUAAGAAGUUCCCUCACAUGUCGUCCUACCACCGCAUGCUGGUCCACAGGGUGGCGGCCUACUUUGGCAUGGAGCACAACGUGGACCAGACGGGCAAGUCUGUCAUCAUCAACCGCACCAGCAGCACUCGCAUACCCGAGCAGCGUUUCCUGGACCAGGUGCACGAGGACAAGGCCUCGGAGAUCCAGCACUGGAAAAGCAUUUUAAAGCGGGACAACAGCUCAGACGAACAGCAGACGCGGCGCUACGCCUCACGCGAGAAGCACAGCAAGUCUGUGGAAGAGAGGGAGGAGGAGUACCAAAGAGCGCGGGACCGAAUCUUCAGCCAAGAGCCGCCUUGCACGCAAGAGGGCGGCCAUGCGGAAAACAGGACUGCGGAGGAGUGCAACCCCUACGCUGAGACCCAGAGGAAAAGGCAGCUCUUCAGGGGGAGUCGUGACAGCUCGGGCUCCAGCUGGACGGGCAGCAGCAGGCAGAGCAGCACGGAGGCGGACUGUCGCUGUAGCAACGAGCCCCGACCGUGGAGCAGCACCGACUCGGAUUCGUCAUACCAGUGGACAAACCCCGCCCCCAAACCCCGCCAGGCCACCAAUCCCGGCUGGGACGCGCGAGCAGGCUCCGUCUCUCUCUUCAGACUGCCCCCCACCUCCACUCCCCCCAACAUGGCCGAGCCCGCCCCUAACCCCGCCUACAUCCAGGAGAACGGCAUCCCACCCGGGAGCAUCCUCGUCAACCCUCACACUGGCCAGCCCUUCCUCAAUCCCGACGGCAGCCCCGUGGUGUACAACCCGCCCGCCGCUCCGCAGCCAAUCGCGAGCCAGGCGUCGCAGCAGGUGUACUCGUCCGUCUCCUACCCCGCGCCGCAGACCUUCCCCACCCAGGUGGAGGAGCUCUCCUCGCAGUUUUCGCACGUGACCGUCGGGGAGGCCCCGCCCCUUUACCCGCCCGGACAGAGCUUCAUCUGUGCAGCGCCGCCCCCUCCCCCCGCCAACCUCCACAGCUACUGCCAGCCCUCGCCGCAGGUGCCUACCUUCUACUACAGCCAGUAUCCUACCUCAGUGCAACAUCCUGUCAAGGCCGGCUCCCCCAGCUGCAGCCAGGCGGCAGGUUACGCCCCCGUGGUGGGGGUGCAGCAGCCCUUGCAUCCUGUGCUGGGGGGCUACACGCCGCUGGCCCCCCACCACUGUAGCAUUGUCCAGGGGGGCGUGUCCGUGUCCUUUCCACAAAGCAAGCUGGGGGAGACGGCCUACUGCUGCGUGGUGCCCCCCCACUGUGCCCACCCUGCCGGCGGACUCAGCGGCCCCGCCUGGACCGCAUAGAACUGAUGUGGAUGAAGUGAUCUCACACACACACACACACACACACACCUUUUCACGUGUCUUCCCCUCCCCCCCCACUGUGCCCACAUGUUUGCACAAGCCACGCCCACAUUAGCGCACUGUACCAAAGCUUCAUAGCACAUGAAUUCAUAUAUUUGUCAAAGCUGCUGUAUUGAAUGCAUUAUUUAUACACACAAAUGGAGUUUUAUAUUGAUAUUCAACCAUAUAUAUAUAUAUAUCUAUAUAUAUACAUACAUACACAUAUAUAUACAUGUGUGUGUAUAUAUAUAUAUGAAUAGUGAUUGAACGCAAAUGCACUGUGUGAAAAUACAAUAAACAGUCGUGGCCGUCUUGACGUGCCCACGUUUACGU